AGCUCAUUCUCUUUUCUAUAUUCAUGAUAAGAACUUCUCUAUUUCAAUUUAGAAGUAGAUAGUCAAGUCUUUUUUUUGAGAAAAGAUGAUUUUAAUUGCAAAGAUUAUAGCUAUUUUUGCAUUUCUCAUAGCUUCAAUCGAAUGUGACGUUUAUUUGUAUGAAAGACCUAUUAACACUGCUGUGUAUACUGGUGAAAGAACACAAUUAAAUUGCACUAUACGCAACGACACGAACUUCGAUUACACGGCAUGGGAUUCUGUAGGAUCGCAUACUGGACUGAAAACAAUAGCACAUCAAGACUUUAUUUCUCCUGAACAUUUGGAUCAUUAUGAAAUUGUGGACACUUAUAAUCUUGUUAUUAAAAGUGUCAAUUCAAACACGACAGGAAGUUAUCACUGUACAGCAUACGCGCAUUUUGGACAAUUUAAUGAAUAUUUAGAUGUUUACCUUAUGUCAAUGGAUGAAACUAGCACCUGCGCCGAUUCACAACACGAAAGUCUUGUCUUACCUGAAGGCUAUAAAAUGGCUUUCUGCUUUACAAAUUUCGCUGGAACUUACCCUCCAAUUGCUGAAUUUGAUGUAUCCGGCGACAUUAUGCUACAUUCAACUGUUCACAACAAUGAGAUGGUUGGUGGUUGUGCAGUUGUUGCGAAUGAUACUGAUUUCAACUGUUCGCUUAUUUAUCGAUCACCACCAAAAGACGCCGUGUUUUAUGAAUUUGCUGAUAAAACUUCACCAAAUCUAACGACAACUUGUCAAAGACCAUCCGAUAAUCAACCCACAGUUCCCGAUUGGCUAUUGAAUUCUUGCAAAAACCUCUUCGAACCACCUAAACCAACAAUCGUUUAUAGACCAACAAAUGUUGCCGUCUUAAGGGGAGAGCGAGCCACAAUGAAUUGCACUGGACGACAUCUUGGAACCUUUCACACAAUUCGAUGGGAUUAUAAAGCUAGUAAUUCGGAUUCAGCUGUUAUGAUUACUAUUAACGAUUAUCAAGAGCCAAGUACAACAGCAUUAUUCACCAUAUUUGAUACCUAUAACCUUGACGUAUCCUUUGUAAACCGUACAACAUCAGGUCAAUUUCAAUGCGAUGCCUAUGAUCAAGCAGUUUUAGGCACUUAUAACGCCUUUUUGUUAGAAAUGGAAAGCACACCCAGAUGCUUUAAAAAGAAUUAUACAGAAUUAGAAUCAUUGGAUAGAUUUUUAAGAGUUGGAUUUUGUUUAAAUGGGUAUUCUGGAACCUACCCUCCAACAGCUACUAUCACUGGUGACGAUAAAGUAAAAGAAACGUUUACUUUUGGACAGGAUUUCUUAGCUGGUGCUUGCGCACCUGUCUUUGUUGGUGAGAAACUCAAUUGCAGUAUGAAAUUUGGAGCCCCACCAAGUCAUUUGUGGAUUUUUGAUAAUGUUGAUAAGAGUGAACCAGAAUUAACAACUCAUUGCGAUGAGGAAAUUACUGAUGAUUCGGAGAUGAACGUUCCUCAAUGGCUAGUUGAUAAAUGCGCAGAGGCAUUCUUUCCUCAACCACAAGAAGUGGUUCAAAGACCUAAUAAUACAGCAGUUGCAACAGGAACCCAAAACGUGGUCAUGAAAUGCGAAACCAAAAACUUUAGAAAUAUGGAUUCACACGCUUGGGGUUUCGCAAAAACAGCUGUUGACUUGUUUAAGGUUGUAUCGGCUUAUCAUGUGAUUUUCCCUGAAUAUUAUGAUGUCUAUGGAAUUAACGGUACUUGGGAUCUUAUUACUUUAACUGCUGAUGAGAAGACUUCGGGAAUCUAUCAGUGUUAUGUACACUCGCAGGAGGCAUCACUGGAUGAAGAGUAUUACGCAUUCCUUUUAACAUUAGAUCCAGAACCCUUCUGUACUGAAAAAAUAUACCCAGAGUUAGAUAAUGAUAAGAAGAUUGCUUUUUGCAUGACAAAUUUUACAGGAGUCUAUGGACCGGUUGCUAAAAUAUCUGCACCCAAUGGAGAAGAUUUAUAUUCGACAAUAGUUAAUGGAAGUCUAGCAGGAUCGUGUGCUCUUAUUGGGAAGGGUGAUCACUUUACCUGUGAAGUUUCCUAUAAUGCUCCACCAAAGAUAUUAACAGACGCCGGAAAUUAUGAUACUACAGCACCAGACUUUACAACAACUUGUUCUAGUGCCAAUGGUAUUGGAGAUUCAUCUGUAAUUCCUUCGUGGUUAGAACAACAAUGUGUUGAAAAUUAUGGUGAACCUGGCAUUUCAAAAAGUCCCAAAAAUACCGCUGUUUUUAGUGGAGAACCAACUACUCUGGACUGCCAGACAAAAGGAUUUGGUGCGGGAGGGACGUCUACGUGGGUAUAUGCACCAAGAGGAAACUUAGAUGACAUAGCAGUAAUAUCUGUAUUGAACUAUGUAACAGAUUCUUUGGAACAUUUAUUCGGCAUCGAAGGAAAAUGGAAUUUGAAAGUUUCAGCUGUAAAUUUCGAAACCGUUGGUUUAUAUGAAUGUUAUGCAGCAGACAUUGGUUUCGAAGAAUUUAUGGCUGUUUAUCUUAUGGAAAUGGAGAGGGAGCCAUCCUGUGUAGCGACUACUGAUGCUGAAUUUCCCAAUAUGAAAUUGGCUUUCUGUAUGACAAACUACUCAGGAGCCUAUCCACCGAAUUUUGAAAUUAGUUCGAACAAUGAAAAUAUGUCUGGUCCCUCGUUUUCAAGGGAUAAAAAAAAGGCAGGAAGUUGCGCAAUGAUAGAGCAAUCCCAAAAUUUUAAUUGCAAAGUUAAAUUUGGUGCUCCCCCUCCAGAACUUCUCUAUGCAACGAAUCACGAUCUGUCAGCUCCUGAUUUGACCACUAAUUGUAACGAAGGAUCGUCAUCUGAUCAAAUUCCUCAAUGGUUGUUAGAUGAUUGCAAAAGGAGCCUACAAGCCACUACAACACAAAAACCUGGUAUACCAGUAGUUCUAGAAACACCUAAGAACACUGCAGUCAAACGAGGCGAAGACGCAAAAUUAAACUGUACAGUAAGAAAUUUCCCACAAUUUGGUUACGUUAUGUGGUCAGGAUUAUCUACAAACCUAAAUGGACCAAAAAUAAUUUCGAUUGGAGAUCUCUUACAAGGGGAUAAAGAGAUAUAUGAACUUGAAGAUACAUGGAAUUUGAUAAUAAAAGGAACAAAUGUAAAUAGUACAGGGCUUUAUGAAUGUUAUAUUCUUGAUACAAUCAAUCCUGAUGAGUUUCAUUAUGUACAUCUUGUCGAAAUGGAGGAAGAACCGCAAUGUUUUGUAAAGAGUCACUCUGCUUUGCCAAAUGGCCAAAAAUUUGCCAUGUGUGUAUCGGAAUAUUCUGGCCAUUAUGCUCCUACAGUAAACAUUUCUGUUGAUAAUUCACUUAUCUCAGGAAAUACUAAGUCUUAUAAUGGACAAGCAGGAAGUUGUGCUGUUGUUAAUACAGGAGAGUCUUUCCUUUGCGAAGCCAAGUUUGGAACUCCUCCUAUAAUUAUUGAUGAUUUGGAAAUUGAUACUUCUGCUCCAGAGCUAACUACUGAAAAAAGUUGCAAUGCAGCUUCUGAUUCGACUUCAGUACCAUCUUGGUUAUUCGACGAGUGUAUCAACCAAAAUAUAGUGACUACACUCCCUCCUCCAGAAAUGGUUGAAAGACCUACAAACCUUGCUGUUAUAGAAGGAGAAAACGCCACAUUAAGAUGUCAAGUUCGAUAUUUUAGCGAAUUUGGUGCUUUACAAUGGACUUAUCAACGUAGCUUAGAUGGCGAUGUCUUCCUGUUAUCAAAUAAUGCAGAUUUCCUGCCAGGAUAUGAGGAUUUGUUUUCUAUAUCUGGAACUUAUAAUCUUGUUAUCAAAAAGACAAAUAACCAGACGGCCGGUCUGUACCUUUGCACAGCUUUUGAUAGAGAUAUUGAUGGAUAUUUCAUGGCAUUCCUUAGCUCUAUAGAGAAAGACCCAACAUGUACAGUCGCCAUACCGCCAGGAGUGCCACUUUCAAAGAGAUUGGCAAUUUGUUUCACCAGAUAUAAUGGUGGAUAUGCUCCAGAUGUUAAUAUUACGGGUGUUGGAAACAGCAUCAUGACAAAAACAUUAUCAAAAGAUUUUGUCGCUGGAAGCUGUGCCUUAAUAGAUGAUACCGCAUCCUUCAGCUGCCAAGCAGGAUUUGGGACUCCUCCGACCGAAGUUCUAGUUGACCCACAAAUUGAUACUUCAGCACCAUCUUUAAGAACCAGCUGCUCUCUUUCUAGUAAUCCUGCCAAUGCACCUCAGUGGCUGAUAGACGAUUGUAAGGAAGAAUUGACUCCAAAAGCUGAAGUAGUUGAGAGGCCAUUAAAUAAGGCUGUAAUUAAAGGACAACCUUCAGAUAUGAAAUGCACAGUUAAAAACUUUGGGAUUGGUGACUACGUUUCUUGGAAUCACAGACUCCUUAAUCUGAAUACUAGAGUUGUAUCAAUUGACAGAAAUGUUAUGGAUGAAGUUAAAGAUUCUUACACUCUGAACAUGAACAAUUUAUACGAUUUAAAUAUAAAAAAUGCUGAUGAAACUACUGCAGGCUAUUAUGAGUGUUUUGCGUCUGCUGCUUCUGGUAUAAGUGCAACGUUUACUGCUUUUUUCAAUACUUUAGACGCAUCUCCUAUUUGCGCUCAUGUUACUGCUACUGCAUUGCCUGCAAAUAAGAGAAUUGCCUUUUGCUACUCCGAAUAUUCGGCAUUGUGGUCACCUGGUGUUAGUAUGUCCAUUGGCGGAGUUGGCCAGACAACGGAAGUAUUCACUCAAAGUACUACAGUUGGAGGAUGUAUCAUAAUUUCUGAAGGUGAUAGUUUUUCAUGCGGUGUUAAAUAUGGAAAGCCUCCAUCUGAGCUUCUACUUGAAUCUUAUUACGAUGAUUCUGCUCCUCAGUUAACCACUUCUUGCUUAGGAGGAUCACCUAACCAAGGUAAUCUGUUUAUAGACAAAAGUGGAGAUAAAAGGUUAAUAGUUUAUAUUCUAAAUUUUAGUACCUACAUGGCUAAGAGAUAAGUGUGUUGAUAAACUUAUUGAUUCUUUGACGACAACUACUUCAAAACCUCCAACGGAGCCUACAACUACACCAACAAAUCCUCCUACAAAUCCAACAAACCCUCCAACUACACCAACGAAUCCUCCAACAACUCCAACGCAACCUUCUACAGAUCAAACAACAGCGGGUAGCGCAAAAAUAAAUCAUUCAAGCAUCGUUUGGCUAGCUGGACUACUUGUUAUAAUCAAUCUUAUAAAAUGAAAUACCAGCCUUUAAUACAUCGUUACUCAUAUCUUUUUUUUAUAUGCAAAUUAACCCAAAUUUCUAUAUUAAAAUUCCUUAAAAAAACAUAACUAUACAUAUGCAUAGAAAGUUAGAAUAUAAAAAUUGUUCAUAAUUAAGAAAUAGACCUUUUUCGUUCGUUAUACUAUAUAACUAAAAGUACCGAGUAAUUAAAAAUGAAGUACAUAUUUUUGAUACUUUUUUAUGAUAAGCAAUAAAAACCAAAAUUCAUUACUAAAUACUUGACUACUUGAUUCUUUUUAUCAUGAAUAUAAAUAAUUACGAAUUAU